AUGUCAAUCUAUAAAGGAUUAACAAGACUCUUAUCAACAUCAUCAUCAUCAACACAAUCUAUAAUCAUCAACAACAAUCGAUGUUUAUAUAAUAGUACCAAUAGAUACUUUUCAACCACAACUACUACAACAACAGUUGACUACAAUGCACCAUUGAGUGCAACAGAGAUACUAAGAAAGAAGUUAUUAUAUCAAAGCAAAGAGAGGGGAAUGUUAGAGAAUGAUCUUUUAUUGGGCACAUUUGCCACCAAACACCUUCACUCCUUUACAGAUGCUCAACUCAAAAAGUACGACAUUAUCAUUCAACAACCAGAUCCAGAUAUCUACAAUUGGGUACUCAGUAAAGAUAUAGUACCAGAGGAAUUAGACAACGAUGUUAUGAAGUUACUACAACAUCAUUGUCAAAAUAAUCCUCUUGGUUAUUAUAAUAGUAAAUAA